GCUGGGCUCAGACUGAAGCAGACAAAGGCAGCAGAGAGAGGAGAGACGGCGUGCAGCUCACACACACCUCCACUCCCACACACACACACACACACACUCACUCACACACCCGCACGCGCGCGCAGGCUCACCAUAACUGUUCCCCACCACACCCUGUUAUUCUCAACCACCAUCCCUACGAGUUGUCAUGGAGCCUGACUUUGGGCAUUUUGAUGAGAGAGACAGGACGACCCGUACCCCGCGGGGUGGACGCAUGAAUGGACUUCCUAGCCCCACCCACAGUGCCCACUGUAGCUUCUACCGCACACGCACCCUGCAGGCCCUCACCAACGAGAAGAAAGCCAAAAAGGUGCGCUUCUACAGAAAUGGGGACCGUUACUUCAAGGGCAUUGUGUACGCUGUGGCCAAUGACCGGUUCCGCACCUUUGACGCUCUCCUGGCGGACCUCACGCGCCUGCUCUCCGACCACAUCAACCUGCCUCAGGGAGUCCGCUUCAUCUUCACCAUUGAUGGGUCACGCAAGAUCUCUACCUUGGAUGAGCUUGAGGAAGGACCAGUGUUGGAUCCAGAACAAGUUACCUGCCUUCAAGAUUUUUUUGGCGAUGAUGACGUCUUCAUUGCGUGCGGACCGGAGAAAUUCCGCUACGCUCAGGAUGACUUCUCACUGGACGAGAACGGUGUGUUAAUGUAA